AUUUAUUUUAAAAUGACACUACAAGAAUUUGAACUUGAUCCCGACUUAACAACAAAAUUAGUACUGACAACUUUUACCAAUGUCACGAACAUUAAUGAAAUACGGCAAAAAAUUUUGAAUGGCUCUUUAAAAUGUGGUAUUUUAAAGGCAAAUUUAAUUUUUGAUUCAAUGCAAAUUAUUGUAGCUGCAAACAAAACUCUAGUUUCUGAGAAAUACGGUCAUAUGACCACCAAAAAUAUUUAUACAGAACUAUUGUUUAAUUUAAAUUUAUCAAAAAAUAUCACCCAAAGUUUAAUACGAUUUGGAAUUGAUGAUAAAGACACAAAUAUUAUUGUCGUAAUAUUUUGUAGUGGUAAAAAUGAUGAAAUAGUUUCUGAAAUUUUGAAUCAAAUUCAAGGUGAACAAAUUACUUCGUUUCCUAAUAAAUUUGCUGAUGAAAGUAAUAUUAAAAAAAUUUACAAAAUUCCUGACAAUGAAAAUAAAGUUAGUAGUUUAAUUGAUUCUAUUGUGAGUCGAAUUGCUACAAAAGAUUUUGUCUCUUGUUGA